AUGGAAACAUUAUGUUUUCAUCCAAAUUCAAAUUAUAUAGCAACAUCAUCAUUAGAUAGAAUUUUAAAAAUAUGGGAUUUAUUAGAAUGUAAAGAAGGACAACAAAUGAUACCUAUUAGACAAAUGUCUGGACAUAAAUUAAAUAUUUAUAUAUUAAAAUUUUCUAAAGAUGUUACAUGUUUACUUGGACAUUCGGAUGCAAUUUUUUUCUGUGGUAAAAUAAUAGAUUUAUUUAUUUCAUACAAUUAA